CAUCGGCAUCCAGUUGACAAUCCAAUUCAAUCCAUAGCGCACCACACCCAAGAACACACUCACCGAGCAAGCAGUCCGUGAAGAGAUGGCGCAUUUCCAGGGCCAGCAGCACGGCCACCAGGCCACCCGCGUCGACGAGUACGGCAACCCUGUGACGGCCGGUCACGGCGUCAUCGGGACCGAAGGCUUGGGGCACUUCCAGGGCCAGGGCCAGCAGCACGGCCACCCCACCACCCGCCUCGACGAGUACGGCAACCCGGUCACGGCCGGCCACGGCGUUGGGCUGGGAUCCACCGGCACCGGAGUGCACGGCGGGUACGGGUCUACCGGCACCGGCACCCACGACACUGGCGGCCACGGCCGCCAGGUCGGUUUCGGUGCCACUGGCACGGGCACCCACGACGCUGGGGGCUAUGGAGGCUCUGGAAUUGCCCCUCGGCACGACACCACCGGCACUGGGGUUCACGACGCCGGUGGGUUGGGCACGCGGCAUGCCGCCACCGGUACCCACGGCACAGGGCACACGGCCGGGUACGGCGCCACCGGGACCCAUGGCACAGGCCACACCGCGGGGCUCGGCGGCACCGGCACAGGGAUGACCGGGACCCAUGGCACAGGCCAUACCGCCGGGCUCGGCAGCAUCGGCACAGGGAUGACCGGGACCCAUGGCACAGGCCACACCGCCGGGCUCGGUGGCACCGGCACAGGGAUGGCCGGGACCCACGGCACAGGCCACACCGCCGGGCUCGGCGGCACCGGCACAGGGAUGACCGGGACCCAUGGCACAGGCCACACCGCCGGGCUCGGCGGCACCGGCACAGGGAUCACCGGGACCCAUGGCACAGGGCACACGGCCGGGUAUGAUGCCACCGGUACUCAUGGCACAGGGCACACGGCCGGGUACGGCACGACCGGCACUGGGACCACCGGCGUCGGGAUCGCCGGAACCCACGGCGCCGUCGGCACACACCCUCAUGGCGGGGUAGCCGAGCACAAGACUCGUGGCAUCCUCCACCGCUCUGGCAGCUCCAGCUCCAGCUCGUCAUCCUCCGAGGACGACGGAAUGGGCGGCAGGAGGAAGAAAGGCAUGAAGCAGAAGAUCAAGGAGAAGCUCCCCGGCGGUAACAAGGAGCAGACCACAGCCACCGGCGGCUACGGGCCAGGGUACACGGGGACCACCGGCACUGGCGGGACCUACGGAGCCACUGAGGGGACACACGAGAAGAAGGGCGUCAUGGAGAAGAUCAAGGAGAAGCUCCCUGGCGGACACAAGGACAACCAGCCCCACACCACGGCUACCGGCGGCUACGGACCUGGCACCACUGGCACCACUGGCACCGGCGGCUAUGGUACAGGCACCACCGGCACAGCGGGGACGUACGGCGCCACUGAGGGCACCCACGAGAAGAAAGGCAUGAUGGAGAAGAUCAAGGAGAAGCUCCCCGGCGGCCACCACUGAACUGAGCCUAACUUGCCUCGGCCUCGUACAGAGUAGUGAAGAAUAAAGACUCGGGGAAUCGCCGUGUGCACAAUCAAGGGAUAGUAUUUAAGUGUUUUUAUGUUAUCCUUUUCUUUUCUUUUCUUUUUUUAACAAAAUGUUAUCUUUUUUAUCCGCGUGAUAGAUGUUGCAGUACUGUAAAAUGGCCUGGUUUCUGCGUA